CAAUGUGGCCAGAGUGGAGGCGUGAGGAGAGGCCGGGAGGGCGGCCUAGGCCGGCCCCAGGCCACCCUAGGCCGCCCUAGGCCGCCCUAGGCCGCCCUGGCCAACACACUCCUCACUAUCACACCAAAACUGGCCCAAAAUGGCGGAGGUGUAGUGGUGUAGUGAGUUAUGUUAGCGUGACCCCGCUUCUCUUGGCCGCUCCUCCUGCUGUAGGCUACAGUGCUGUAGGCUACAGGCGCGGGAUACAGUGUGUGGCGGUUUGGAGAGGUGACAUGAACAGAUCCAUUGUAACCAUGUCCCACCACAUAAAAGAGGAGGUGGUGGAGUUUAUGGAUGACGGCUCCGAGCAUGCGAGUGUGGUGGUUGUGGAGGAAGGCGGCGGAGCGGUGACUCUGGAGCUGCCAGACGGAACACAAGCCAUUGUACAUAAUGCCAUAACAGACGAAGCUCAAGAUGAUAUGGAAGGAGUUGCCAUUCAGUUGGAUGACGGCAGAAUUGGGUACCUGUACGGUGAUACUUUGUUGCAAGCCGUGUCUGAUGACCAGGACCAGCCUCUUCCCAACAACAGUGGCAAAUUCCUCUGUUGCUUCCCAGACUGUGAGAAGUCCUAUUCUUCUUUACAUCACCUGAAGACUCACCAACGAAACCACACCGGUCAGCGGCCGCACGCUUGCGAUGUGUGCAAAAAAUGUUUUACAACUGGAUAUGCGCUCAAGUCUCAUUUACGCACUCACACUGGAGAGAAACCCUACCAGUGUCCAGAAGAACAGUGUGGAAAAUGUUUCAAAACCUCCGGUGAUCUCCAGAAACACGUUCGAACACACACAGGAGAACGCCCGUUCAAGUGCGGCAUGUGUGACAAGUCCUUCACGACAUCAAAUAUAAGGAAAGUGCACAUGAGAGUUCACACUGGUGAGAAGCCAUAUGAAUGCAAAUAUGAUGGAUGUGGAAGGAAAUUUGCUUCAGCAACAAAUUACAGGAAUCAUUGUAGAAUUCAUACUGGAGAGAAACCAUACGUGUGCUCUGUUGAGAACUGUGGUAAAAGGUUCACGGAGUACUCGUCCCUAUACAAGCACCACAUGGUUCACAACCAGCAGAAGAAGUACUUCUGCACGCAGUGCGGCAGGUUUUAUCGACAGCUCUCAACUUUUGCGGUUCAUAAGCGUACUGUGCACAACAUUAUAGAGAAUGAUGAUGGUCAAGUGUUGUGGAUGGGCGGAGGACUAGAAAUGGACUUGUUAGCGGAGGAUCAAGAUGGCACCGUUGUAAAUUCUCACAUAGCUUCAGCAAGUACGUCGGCGAACACGAGAACUGUGCACAUUUCACCUGGAAUGGUGAUCAAAAAGGAGGAGCAGAUCAUCUCUGAUAAUAUACUAGAUACACAGUUGACUAUAGAAGAAGAGUGUAUUAGAAUGCCAAGUGUAGAAGUUAGCAAUCUUAUAGCGGAAGAUCCACCAAGUGACAGUUUUAUACAAGAUGAUCGUGGAUCAACUCUAACCAACCUGGAGCUAGAUGGAAAUGAAAGUGGAUCCAUCUUUGUGUUCACAGAUCCAUCACAACUUGCAGCACUUCAGCAGUUGGCAGUAGCAAGUGGUGCAGCAGGAGGUGGGGACGAGAACGUUGGUGACACAGUGGAAGUUAUUAGGCUAGACGACUUUACUUCAGUGGCAGAGUCCACCAUCACAGAAGGCUUGCUAGACACUGUAAAUACCAAACAAAAUAUAUGUGAAAGUAAUGGAAAAAUUAUUGUGAUAGAAGAAGUUAAUAUUAAAGAGGAAAAAAUGUGUAAUCAUUGAAAGGUGAACAAAAGUGGCAUUGAAAAUAUGGUAAUUGACAUUGUUCUGGGCCGACUAGCCUAAUAAGGGAGAACAUGAACUCUCAGUAGAGCAUUUGUGAUGUGGUAACAGUACAGUGAAUUGUUUACCCUGGAAGCUGUAUUGGGUGUAAAGGCCUAUUGACUUUGUAUGUGACUUCAUUAUAUGGAUGCUGGCAUGAUUAUAUGCAUGGCUACAUAAUUAUACACAUGGUUGUGUGAUUAUACACAUGGUUGUGUGAUUAUAUGCAUGGUUGCGUGUUUAUAUGCAUGGUUGUGUGAUUAUAUGCAAGGUUGCAUGAUGAUACGCAUGGUUAUGUGAUUAUAUGAGUGGUGGUGUUAGACAAUUUCCUACCGGCAUACCUUUAAGGCUUUUAUUUGUAAUUAAACUUAUACACAUGUUUGACACUAACAUUGGAAGGGUUCAGAGCUGAUUUUUGCUUUGGCUCAUUUUCAAAACUAAUUACAGUAAUGAAUAUUAUUUUGUCCUUGAAACAUGAUCUGCCAAUCAGCUUACAUGCAGGCCAUCAGCUUCUGCUUGGGGUGUUGAUGAUGGGGGUAAUGGAGCUUAGUGUGGUGAUGGAGGAGGAAAGGUGCUUGAUGCGACAGUCUCGGUAUAAAGGAGCUGGGUGUGAUGAUGACGAAGUAGAGGAGCUUGGUAACACAGAGUAAGGGAGUUUUGUCCAAACAAUUUCACCCUGUCUUGAGAUUAGAACUGCAGCAUAUACUCUACAUGCUUUUGCUUCGUUGCACCUUUAAAUAGUCUUCGAUUAAGAUGCCUUCCAUACUUGCACAAAUCUUAAGAAAUGAGUAGAUAUAAAUUUAUAAAAACUUAGCAACCUCCAAGCAAUUAGUCAUUUGUGACUCCAUGUGGGUGGGAGGGAGGCAUGCAAGAAAUUAAUCUCCAUCCAGAAUUAAUUUCUUUAUAAUCAGCAUUAUCACUAGGGGAUAAAAGGCAGUGUUGUUAGUAGCUUUGGCAACCUGCAUACAUUCCUUUCCCUUCUAUAAUUGAUUAAGAUUGGCAGUAGAAUUCAUUGUUAAUUUUGGAAGUAAUGUCCUGAAGUUGAAUGUUGCAGUAUCACAUGGUUGACUAAGCUGUAUAGCUUGUCAGCUCGCGUUCUCGCCUCCCUCUCACGCUCGCGACAGUCACCUGUCAAGUCUAUUAUGUAUGGUUUAAUACAAGUAGCUUGGUUUUGGGAUAAUUGUUAUUCAUAGUUUAAUUUGAUCUUAUUCAGCUAGUCAUACAACUCUCUAUACUGUGUGUGGGUUUGAACUAGAGGACAACUUUUAAAAUUUAUGUGAAUUUGAAAAACAAUAAAGUUAAUAAAAUUCUUAAUGUCUGUUUCAAAAUAUUAUUUAUUUGUCUACUUUCCUCGCUGUAUGGAAUGGCACUAUGAGGCUGCUGUGAUAGUAGUGCGUGUGGACAGUCCCUCACGGCGAGUUCCUGCCGUCAGAGAGGCGGGGAAAUGAUACGUGUGCGUAUUGAGUAAUUGCCUCUUGUCUCUCUCAUUAUUAGAGAAUAAAAUGGUUCUUGGUAUACCCUCUCAGGUAUACAGCAAUAAUUAAGUUUGCAUGUAUGGUGCUGUACUGAGCUGUGAAAGGUGUUACCCAAUGCAGAGCACACUCAGACAAAGCUUCAGUGGUAGAUAUACAAGUGUUUUAGCAGUAUAAAACAUAACUUGGAGAAACUGUGCAUCAGAGGUUAUCCUAACUUGGAGAAACUGUACAUCAGAGGUUAUCCUAACUUGGAGAAACUGUGCAUCAGAGGUUAUCCUAACUUGGAGAAACUGUACAUCAGAGGUUAUCCUAACUUGGAGAAACUGUGCAUCAGAGGUUAUCCUAACUUGGAGAAACUGUACAUCAGAGGUUAUCCACACACUUUGUUGCGGGUGUUUUAUUUGAGUCGCAGUUGAGGCAUUGUCAUCAUGAUAUUGGCAUCUCAUUUGUCUAUUAAUAUUGUGAUUCAAGAGCAGAUAAGAUCGUUAUGGUCUGAUGUUCCGUCAGUUGCCCCGCUGAUUAUCAUUGAUAGUGUGUAUGCAUGCAUGCAUGCAUGCACAUAUAUAUUGAUAUAUUGCUGCAAAUAGAAUGAUAAAUUGAUUUUGAAUGCACUUAUGUCAAGGGGAUUUAAUAGAGUUUAGACAGCCUUAUCCCAUUCAUUGUUAAGGUAUCAUGUUAAAGUGCCUUUAAGAUUAUUUUUGACACAUGAUUGAUAGAUGUUCUAUGAUUGACAUCAUUAUUCCUGGGUUAUAAUUUUAGCCACUAAUAGCCAUUUAAGUUUUGUAUUUGCAUUUUGGAGUGUGUGUGUGUGUAUGUGUGUACUCAAAUCACACUAUAUACGGGAAAAAUGUAGAGAUAAUGGAAUUGUUGUCUUGAAUCCUUCCACUCAUUUAUAACCUUACCUGUGUGUGUUAAGUGUGUUAACACACACAGAAUACAUUUGUGUCUAUGUCUUGCUAAGAUCAUUAUUAUUGUUUUGACAAGUUUGUUGUAUUUUGACACCUAGUGGUCAAAAUAAAUAAAGAGUGUUUAAUACUUCAUUAAUGUAACUGCGGAACAUUAUAAUCCCUGGAAGGGUGGAUUUCUUAAAGUAAUUAAAGUCAAUUAUUUGGGGUCAAUCUAAGCCAACAAAUUCAUUGUGUGUAUUAAUGCAUGGUAUAUGACUAUUUAAAUAUUGAAUUUGUACAUUUUCUUGCAAUAUAGAUUAAAAUGUAUGCCUAUGGAUGUGCAUUAAAUCAAAUAAAGCUGGGAAAUAUA